GGCGGGACACUUUGAUCUCACUGUGAUUUUGAACUUUUAUUCUUGCAGCAUCGGAUGAAGAAAUCUCGGUGAAAAAUCCGGCCUUUAUGAUGACGGCCGCUCUAACACACGCUUGUCAAAUGGUCGAACUCAUGGCGUAUUACUUGGACGUGAAUUUACCGAAAAGAAUAAACUACAGUGAAUUUUGUCAAUACGAUCUCAGUAAAAGAGACUUUAGAAGCGCUGUAGAUCGAUUAAACGCGAACGUGUUACACUUAUGUUUCACCCAGCAUGUGGAACCGUCACUGCUUCGUCCCAGAAGAACAUUACACAACCUGUACACUUGUGUGAAUUCUCUUCAUCUUGGACGGGGAGGCCCAUUUGAGUGUCAUCCCGAGCUGAUAUCGAUUAGCAACGAAAACGAUGGCAGCGAUGCCAGUGAUCAAACUGACCCGGCUUCGGAAGAAGCAAACAGCGAAUCGGACGCCGAAUGGGAAAACCUAUCUACGAACUUGGUUCACACGACAGAUGCUUCCACUCACCAAGGGUCUUUGUUGCACUCUACAUCACCAGAAGCCAGCCGGAAGGCAGACGAGCCCGCGACAGCUGCUAGCCUAGUUAGUUCAGCGGCUGCUUCCGUUGCCGCGCUUUGGCCGUGGAAAAAAUAACGUUUGUUUUGUGUUAGGUUUUAACUUGUUUUAGUCUAAGGGUUAGGUGGUUCCUACUCCAUCAGAUUCGGUGAUGGUAUCAAAAUAUAUAUUAAAAAAAUCAUUCUAAUCCCUCUGUACAACGCGAUUUUGAUUCUUGGUUUAUUCAUUGACGCAUGUUUUGACCCCGGGGGGACUCCUACAUAAAAGGGACGGGUGUGCUCGUCUUACCUUUUAAGGGAUUAAAAAGCGGGUUUGGUACCUUUUAGGGUGCUCAGCCGCAAAACGUCCACAGCGGAAGCGGUGCCCAGGUUAUUUAACUGGGCCGAAAAAAAUGUCAAGCCACGCCCACAAAACAGGAUCUUGGUACGUCUUAGGGGCUCUUUUCAACAUUUCCGACUUCGCAUCCCCGUCCUUUUUAUAUGGGAGUCCCCCCCACGGGGGUUUGGCCAUUUCCCUGGCUAUUCAUUGAGCAAAACAAGUGACUUUACUUUCGUAAACUAGAUUCUCUAUUACAGAAUGCAUGAAAUAUCAGGCAACGUGUUUUGAAUGCGAUGUCCCUCGUUAUUUAACUCAUCCUCGAUGUACCAAGUGCUGGAUGUCGAAAAUAAAAUAAAAGAAAACAUU